AUGGUGCCUUGGAGGAUACGUGCUACCAUGGACAAGAUUGACGUUGCUCGUAAAUAUGCCGGACAUCCGACGAUAUUCUCUGUCCGAUUACACCAUGGUGGACAGUUUACAAAGUUCCCUGGAAGAAAGUACAUCAAAGGCAAGCAAAAUUAUGUUGAUUUACUAGACAUUGACACCUUUUCCAUUCACGACAUUGACGAGAUGAUGGAGGAACUUGGGCAUAUUGAUUCAGACGAAACACUACUCUAUUAUCAUUUCCUGAGACCAUUUGGCGAUUUGGAUUUUGGGUUAUUUGCUUUGGGUUCAGAUCAGGAUGUUCAUCAUCUGGGUACGUAUGUUGCUAACCAUAAGCUAAUAGAUGUAUAUAUUGAGCAUGGGAAAACAAAUUUACAUACUUAUUCUAUGUCCCCCAACCCUAGUAAGGUUAAAAUUGUUGAAAUUAAAGAGCCACCAGCUUGCUCCAAACAGUUGUUCUUGGAGUGGAAUGACUCUCCAAUUGAGCAUGAGAGUGUUCCAGACCUAACAGAAGUUGAGAAUGAUAGUCAUUUGGACAAAGAACCAUCUUUGGUCGACCAUAUUGAAUUUGAAAUGAAUGUAGAGAAUGAGGAUGAUUAUGAUGGUAGUGGACACAACAAUGGCAGUGGAAAUGAUGAGUUUGAUGAUGAUAGUGAGAGUGAAGAUAGUGAUUUUUUUAUUGAUGAGGACAAUCUCAUACACGAUGUUGAUGUGGAUAUGAAAUAUUUCCAUAUGAACAUUGACAAGGAUGUAUAA